GGGGAGCGGUGCGACGAGGAAGAGUGCGAGAGCUGCUUUACUGUGUCGCACGUAGUAUUCGCCUCACCCUCGCCUGUUCUUGUAUUAACUUACUUCCAAAGAUGGUCCGAACACAUUUUGGACCGCCUCGCCUAAAGCCCAGACCAUAUGGAGAUGGUCACGGUAAUGGACCCUCUGAAGGGAACUACAACCCCAACUCCAAAAAUCGAAGAGAUGUCCAGGGCUACCCAGGAAAAGCUCCAUUUAAUUGGAGAGACUCCAGAGGUAGAGGACGACCCCCAGUUGUCAAAAGAGUUCCUCUGAUGGGAGAACACAGAGAGCCACGGUUCAAUCACUGGAGGUCACAGAAUCAGGAUUCCUUUCAAACAUACCCUCCCAAAAUGGAUCAACACCAUAACCAGAGGAGGCCUUCUCCAUCUAGGCCAAAUCGCUCCCCUCAAGUCCAGCAUCAGUCAUCCUCUCACAGUCCUGCACAAGGACACCAGAGCCAUAGGGGCCCAUCUUUCCAUGGCCACCCCUCAGGCCACAGGUCACCCUCCCCAAGAAAUUUCCGUGGCCACCCAGCUGACAGGAGGCAAGGCUCUGCACCACCCUACCAGGGAUCUUACAGGGGCCCCAGAAGGCAGUCAGGGGUUCCCCACCAGGAGCAGCGUGGACGAGACCCUCGUGGGAGUUAUAGUCAACGAGAAAGGCCCUUUGAACACUCGGGUCAUGGCAUGAAACGCUGGAAUGAGGCUGGAUCGUUCUCUCAUCCACACAAUGGACAACACGGGCCCUCUGGGUCACAGAGGAGCCCCAGAGAGAUGCAUGGGAGAGGCUCGUGUACAGAGAGGUACAGGAGUGAAGCAACAACCCCAGCUGGGUGGUCAUCUGAGCAAGACUCCAGACGCCAGCGUGGUCCAGUGAAGAGGCAGGGCAGCCGAUCCCACAGUAGAGAGAGGGCACAAGAUGUCCCUCACCUGCCCCCUUACAGACCCCCCGCAUGGAAAGGAGGUCCAUCACCGUCAUCCACCUAUCACAGGAACCCUCAGGAGAGGCAAGUGGCAGGACCCCGCAAGAGGAGGAUGUCAGACAUCAGCAUGCCCCUGUCAAACCCUGCACUGGAGCAUGGCAACGCAAAACAGCCCCGGAGAGAGCGACCUCAGCUGCUCAGUAUUCCCAGGCCAUUUGGUGGUAGACCUUUGUCACUUAGGGAUAAAAGUUUCCUAAUUAAGAGCCGUCAAAUCAGAGCAGAGCCUUUCAUGAGGCUCAGAAUACCCCCAGCUAUGAAACCCAGGCCUCGCCUUGGUGACUCUGCACCACGAGGAAACCUCACCUCUCUUCUUGCCAUCAGGAAGAAACGUUUCCAGUUAAAUGCAGUUCCUCUGAAAAAGUUGGAGCCACGAAGAGCAAAACCACAACAGUCACCCUCCAGAGAAGAAAGCAAUACCAGCAAGUCUUCAAGAGACUCUGACACAGGAAAAGAACAGGUGGAGUCUCGCCGGUCCUUGAACACACACAGAUCUUCUCCCAUUGAGAAACGUGAUCUUGUUGUUUUGUCCCACUGGCCACCCGGACCGAGCUCCUCCUCCAAGGACUGCUCACCUCCAAAGGAUCGCAGCCCAAAGUCAAAGUCUGAACGCAGUUCAGAUGGAGAAACUUCCCCGAACAGACGACUGUCAAAGAGCAGUGAUUCCAGAUCACCACCUGAAGACAGAAAACGUGGAUAUUUGGACAAGAGGAUGUUUAGGCCAUUUAAUAUGAUGCAGGACAACAGAUCUGGGAGGCCCUUCAGGAGACCAGGACCAGGACCCAUGCAGCGGCCAAGAUUCCCUGGUGGUCCAAGGAGGCCGAUCCCAGAUGUGACUGGACCUGUGAGAAGACCACUUAUGGAGAGCUUAGUGCCACGUCCCUUCCCAACCCAGAGACCAGUGUUCAGGAAAAGUCACAGCAUCAUGUCUAAAUACCGCAACAUGAGAGUGUUGCGUCAGCGUGCACCGUACAACCGAGGACCCAACCAACAACGCUGGUGAUAACCGUUGGUCCAACAUGGUGCGAAUAUGAAACUGGAGAGUCCUGAAAUUUGUCAUCGAGAGCUUCUCUGUUGGGUGGACUGCACAAACCCUCACUGCAAUCCCAACAUGCUUUGUAUUGUGAAAGUGCUGUUGCUUUACAUUUCAUCUCUGGUACCAGUGUGAGGUGCAUCUUUUGAAGUACUACAGUACUUUGUUUUAGAAUAUUUGUAACAUACGCCAUUAUAUUGUUCUCUCCUGCUUUUUCACAUGUUUGAUAAAUAGAAAUAUGCUGCUUGUGAUCUUGGGAGUCAUUGUUUCGCUUAAAGAAGUGGUAGCAGUUUUCUGUUGUUUACUAGCAGCAGUUCAUUUCAGGUCCAGUGAGAAACAUUUACUUUGCUCUCUGACAUUUGUCUGUAAAGACUCAUGACGUAGGAUGUCCUAUUUAAUUCCUGAGUGUUUUGGUUAGAAAACGGCUCGUCAGCUGAACUUAGCUACUACUUGUAAAACUUGUAAUCACAUGGUAAAUUUGACACUUUAAAUAAAAUGAGGUUUAACACAC